CUCCCAUCAUUGCGUUGGACAGAAAACACAGCAGUUAGUUUCCAACUGCUGAAGAGAGACGACAGAAGCGAGCAGAUGAGACGACUUCAGAGAGACAUAAUGUAGACAGGUAGACAGGUCUGUCAUCAUGUCCAUCACUGUGAAUCUGAGGAGGAUCUCCAACCUGCCGGGACGAUAUGACAGAAAGGUCGAGCUCAGCUUCAGAGGUUUCACCCAUAAAACCAGAGUCCUGCAGUGUGAGAACUUCGCCAUCUUCAACGAGCAUUUCCGUUGGCCUCACUAUGGUAAAGUGAUCAGAGAUGAAGUUUUGUCCAUCAGUGUUUACAACUGCAGCAAGGUCUUCUCCAACAGACUGCUGGGUAAGCUGGUUGUCAGUCUCCAGCAUGUUGUUACUGCAGGGAGGCUGUUGCUACGGGAACCACUGACUGAUGCUAACUACAGCCUGACAGAUAUCUAUAUAGAGUUGGAUAUUCGGUAUCAUCCAGUUGAGGGAACAGCAGGAAACUGGGACGGACUCGACUUCCUGAAAGUUGAAGACAAGGAUGAAUCUGCUCUGGUCAUCAGGAAUGAUGGAUUUAAUGACCCUGAGAGUCAGCCAAUGUUCAUUCACCCAGGUCAGCUGGACAAGGAGGCUCGGCAACUGGGGCGUACCCUGAUCAAUAAUGGUGACGAUGACGAGUAUGACGAUGAUGAUGACUUUGAUGAUGACCUGAUUGACUUAGAGGCUUCCAACAUCAUCUCUACUCUUUUGCCGAGUCGCUGCAGGGCCAUGUCCAAAAAUGUUGCUGCUGGAAUUUCCAAAGUCCAAAGCUUCCAGGUGAAUGUGAACAUCCUAGAGGCACAGAACCUCAUUGGAGUGAACAUCAACCCUGCUGUUUUCAUCAGACUGGGAAAUCAGAAAAAGCACACACAGACACAGAAAUCCACCAACUGCCCCUUCUACAAUGAGAACUUCCAGUUCGAGUUUCAGGAGAAUCCACAUACUUUCUUUGACAAAGUCAUUGAGAUAAAGGUGUUCCACAGACGGAUUCUGGCCUUCCUGAUGACCCACAUUGGAACCUUUAAGAUUGACAUUGCCACUGUGUACAACCAGCCAGACCAUCGUUUCUACAAGAAGUGGGCUCCUCUCACUGACCCAGCAGACACCAAGUCAGGGAUCAAGGGUUACGUCAAGGCCAGUCUCAGUAUACUGAUGAAGGGAGAUGCUAUGAACAUGACCAGUCUGCCACCACCUUCAUCGUCUAGAGCGGGUGAAGACAUAGAAAAGAACCUUUUGCUCCCUCGUGGUAUGUCCUCUGAGCGUCCAUGGGCUCGUUUCCGUGUCAAGAUCUACAAGGCUGAAGGCCUACCCACCAUGGAGUCGGGGCUAAUGGGCAAAAUGUCAAAGGUCACCGACCGUACAGUCUUCAUUGAUCCCUACGUACAGGUGACCUUUGCUGGACAACAGGGGGAGACGUCGGUCGCCAAUGCUACAAGCAGUCCAGUUUGGAAUGAGGAGAUCUCUUUCAUUGAGCAGUUUCCUCCUCUGGCUCAGCGAAUUAGAGUCCAGGUCCUCGAUGAUGCCAAGAUGGGUGAUAUCGCUCUGGCAACGCACUUCCUGGACCUGCAGAAGAUUUCUGAUCCCACCAGGAAUGGGUUUAACCCCACCUUCGGUCCAGGUUGGAUUAACCUGUACGGUUCUCCUAAGAACUCCACCCUUGGAGACAUCCACCAGGCUUUGAACCAGGGUUUGGGUGAAGGAAUCUUCUACCGCGGUCGAAUACUCCUUGCUCUCACAGUGGAUGUUUACUCCUCUCCUUCUGCCGUCAACACUGAGACAGCCUCAGGCGCUGUGGGAAAGAAGGUGAAAGGAGCACUGGGAAAACUGGGACUGAGGAAGAAGAGGAGCAGCAAGAAGGAGAAGAAAGAAGCGGCUGCCAGUGGAGCGGUCGAGGAGUCAGGCGAUGCAGGAGAUGAGGUACCAGAGGCCGUUACUGUGGAGGUCGAGGAGACCCACCCACUCCCUGAGGGUUACCUAGGAGAGAGGGAGACGUUUUUGUUGUUCGCCGCUCUGUUUGAAGUCACCAUGAUCGACCCGUCUGUAGGAACCAGACCACUGACCUUUGAACUCUCAAUAGGGAAUUAUGGGAAAGCAGUGGAGGUUAGGGGAUCCAAGAAGAGUCAGAGCAAGGAGGAGCUGAGCAGAAGCAGAGAAGAGCUAAGGAGGAGCAGGGAGGAUCUGAAUGAGGAAGGACAGGGUCUGCUGGAGUCAGAGGACGAGCUGGACAGAGAGGUGCUGAAUCCUGAACCUGAGAUGAGAUCUGUGUCUCCUGCCAUGAAACCCCAACCCACAGAGUAUGACAGGUCAUUCCAGUGUCAUCCUCUCCAACCCCCCUCUAUAAAGCAGAAGCCUUGUCUUUAUGUCUGGAGUCAGUUUGAAGAUCAUAGCUUUCGUCUCUAUCAGGCUAACUGGCUCAACAAGAUGGCCGACAGGCUGGAAAUCGGUCUCGAUGAGGUGGAACGUCUCUUGAGGAGACCGCGGAGUAACGUGAAGGAGCGUUUUGUAAAUGUGCUGCUGGAGUUGCUAGCAUCCUGCAAACAGUUUAGUGUUUUUUCAGAGAGGAGGUCUCAGUCUCGUCCCAACAACCUGGACAGAUGCAGGAAGGUGUUCAUCAAGAAGAAUUUGAUCUUGCUAGCCAGACAGGCUGUAAGGGCUAAGAGGAGGUUCACCAGGCGGACAGCCAAGCAGCGUUUGAUAGAAGGCAGGAAAAUCCUACAGAAACUCUGCCUACUGGCAAAAGAGCCCCAGACAACCAUCCCGGAUGCGUUUCUGUGGUUACUAAGUGGAAGCAAGCGAUUGGCUUAUGUCAGGAUCCCCGCCUACUCCAUCUUCUUCUCAUUUGUGGAGGAGCAGAGGGGGCGGGACAGUGGACGAGUCACUACCCUCUACAUGAAGUCUCCAGGAGGUUCAGCAAGUGAGAUCUUUGCAAAGCUGGAGGUCUACAUGUGGCUCGGUCUGGGCAAGUACAGUAAAGAGGCCACCAGCUGCUUGCCAGAGGAGUUUCUGCCAGUUUUUGAGGAGGAGGAGGAGCAGAGGAGGCUGGUUUCCACAGGGAAUAUAAAGCUUCCUGCCAGCCUGUCCUGCCAGGACAGCAGGUACUUCCAGCUUCGAUGUCACCUGUACCAGGGGCGUGGCCUGAUGGCUGCUGAAAAUAAUGGUCUAUCAAAUCCCUUUGCCAAGGUCCUCUUCUCUACACAGUGCCAGGUCACCAAGGUCUGUACUGGAACUCUGUCUCCAGCCUGGUGCGAGACUUUGUUGUUUGACAGAGUUCUGCUAGAGGGAACAAAAGAGGAUCUCCAGCGAGACCCGCCUCUCAUCAUCAUCAUCAUCUACAACUAUGACAGCAUGGGCAGUCACAAGCUUCUGGGUCGGGCCUAUGCCGAGCCUGAGUUUAAAACUGUGGAGCAGUACUACCAGAAACCCCACCUCCAUUUCUUUGACGUUAGCAUAGGGAAGGCCUCCGCUGGUGAGCUGUUGGCUGCCUUCGAGCUCAUCGAGCUGGACUACUCUGGCUUUGGAGAGCCCUGUCUUCCCAAAAGUGUGGACCCUCAGGAGCUGACCUACCUGAAAGAGCAGAAAUAUUACAACAUCCCAGAAGGAGUCCGGCCAGUUCUAAAGACCUUCAGGAUUGAGGUGCUGUUCUGGGGUCUGCGGGAGCUGAAACGGGUGGAGCUGUUUGAGGUCGUUCGUCCCAUGGUGAGGAUGGAAUGUGGAGGGCAGCAGCUUGAGUCUGAAGAGAUCGAGAACUACCAGACACACCCCAACUUCAAAGAGCUAGUCCGCUAUAUUGACGUGGAACUGCCAGAGCAGGCAUACCUACAUCCUCCUUUGACGGUGUUCGUUGUGGAGCAGCGGGCAUUUGGUCGGCUUGCUCUGGUCGGGUCCUACGGUGUCCAGAGCCUUAUGGACUACGCCCCACCUGAGCUUGGGGUUGGGCAAGAGGAGGGUGAAGAAGAGCCUAAACCAAAGGUGAGGCGGAAUACGAUGAAGUUGGACCCUCUGAGGUCAAUGAAGAAUAUUGGACUCAACAGCCUGCGAAUUAAAGAGUCAAAGAUUCCCAUCAAUCCCAUCAAGCUGGUUAAGGCUCCUCUGAACAUACUGACGAAGGAUGGGAAAGAGCUGGAGGAGGAUCUGCCUGAGAAGGAAGAACUGGAUUGGUGGUCUAAAUAUUAUGCUUCACUGGAGGAGUUAGAGAAACAGGCUGCUGAGGAGGAGGAGAUGGAAGAACAGGCAGAGACAGAAGAUGUAAAACUGACUAUGGCGAACAUUGAAGACGAGGAGGAGGAUGUCGUGGUGGUAGAGAUUGAGCCUCCCAAACGCAAGAAGAUUGCCACCCUAAAGCUCUAUGGAGGUGAUCUGGAGUCAGAGUUCAGUCAGUUUCAGGACUGGCUGCAGACCUUCCCUCUGUAUAAAGGCAGAGCAAGUGCGGAGGAUGAAAUUGAAGAUGAAGAAGAGAGGCUAAUGGGAAAAUACAAGGGAUCCUUCCUGGUUUAUCCACUUGAUCCAGGAGACAAAGAAGACAUAACGGUUCAGAUCACCAGUGGAAUCCCAAAAAACUCUCCGCUCAAAGUGUUGGUCCGAGUCUACAUUGUUAAGGCAACCAAUCUGUCUCCCAAAGACCCGAAUGGUAAAGCCGACCCUUAUCUGGUGGUUCGGUCUGGAGAGCAGUUUCUGGACAGCAAAGAUCGAUACAUCCCUAAACAGCUCAACCCUACAUUCGGAGAGGUGUUUGAAUUCACAGUGUCUUUCCCGCUGGAUACAGAGUUGGUUGUCAAAGUGAUGGACCAUGAUCUUGUAGGGGCUGAUGAAGUCAUUGGCGAAACACGGGUUGAUCUGGAGAACCGGUUCUACAGCCGCCACAGAGCCAGCUGCGGACUGGCUUUUUACUAUGACACUAAUGGUUACAAUAUGUGGCGUGAUUCGAGGAAGCCGUCGAUCAUCUUGGCUGAGCUCUGCAGGAAGAACGGUAUCAUGUCCCCAGAGUACAGAACAUCUGAGGUUAAAGUUCUCAACAAAAUCUUCAAGAUCCCACCUGAUGCAGUACCUGAAGCUCUGCUGAAGAAGAACCAGCUGUCUCCAGCAGAAGAGGCAGAGAUGGAGGAGCACUCAGCCCUGUACGUGCUACACCACUGGGGGGAGAUGAACGAGUUCCUCACUGGAGCUCGUCCUCUGGUCCCAGAGCAUGUGGAGAUCCGGUCCCUGAUGAACCAGGACAAUCCUGGACUGCCACAGGGUUACCUUCAUAUGUGGGUGGACAUGUUUGCAACUGAUGUCCCAGCUCCGCCCGCUGUUGACAUCAAGCCACGCAAACCUGAACAGUACGAGCUGCGUGUGAUCAUUUGGAACACUGAUGACGUCUUUCUGGACGAUAUCAACCCGUUCACCGGUCAACCGUCCUCGGACAUCUACGUUAAGGGCUGGAUAAAGGGACUGGAAGGAGAAAAACAGGAGACUGACGUCCACUUCAACUCCCUGACUGGGGAAGGAAAUUUUAACUGGAGAUUUGUGUUCCGCUUCGACUACCUUCCUACUGAGAAAGAGGUGGUUUAUAAGAAGAAGGAGUCAUUUUUCUCUCUGGAGGAGUCCGAGUUUCGACAGCCGGCUGUUCUCACGCUGCAGGUCUGGGACUAUGACCGCAUCGCUGCCAAUGACUUCCUGGGCGCCAUAGAGUUACGUCUCAACGACAUGGUGCGAGCAGCAAAGUCAUCCAGUAAGUGUACGAUUCAGAUGGCGAAGGAUCGGGCUGGCCCUCGACUCUCCAUCUUUCGCGCCAAGAAGAUGAAGGGCUGGUGGCCACUGAUCCGCUUGAAGACAGCUGAAGACUUUGAGAGGGAGGAGAAGGAGAGGGAGGAGGCCCUGAAGAAAGGAAAGAAGAAGAAGAAGAAGAAGACGAAGGACAGGAGGAGUAAGAUGAAACCGGAGGACCUUGAGUUCAUCGACAGCAGCGGCAACACAUUCCUGCUCAUGGGGAAGGUGGAGGCAGAGCUUCAGCUGGUGACAUUAGAGCAGGCGGAGGCCAACCCUGUGGGACGGAAACGAAAGGAGCCAGAGCCUCUGGACAAACCAAAUCGUCCCACCACCAACUUCUCCUGGUUUGUCAACCCGUUGAAGAGCUUCAUCUUCCUCAUCUGGAGGAAGUACAAGAAGUACAUCAUUGCUUUAGUCAUCCUCGCCAUCCUCACAGUCUUCUUAGUCCUCAUCGUCUACACGCUGCCAGGGCAGAUCACCUCCUUGAUUAUCCAUGGAUGAAGAAACCUGUGAGGGGAUCUUCAUCACCUCGUCCUGGACGUUACAGACUGUCUCAGGUUUCUAAUCCUGAACUGAUCCAGUCUACGACUGACUGAAGUUAUAUUUAACCUGAUUUCUGCUCCACCAAUCAGUAAAACUCAUUAUUUAAUAUGUUCACACUGACUGCACCAUAUUACCCAGCAUCCUGAUUUAUAUGAACACAACCUGGAUCAUGGAAGAAAUAAUCAGGAAUCUGUUUUACUGUCAGGUUCAUUUGUCACCAGAGGAAAUUACUGGAUUACUGUAGAUUUACAUCACAUGUUUAGAUUGUGAUAGUGUCUUGCAGCACUGGACACACUGUGAUGGACAUACAGCAAAAAUCUGUCUGGAUAAAUCAGCUUAUGUCAUAAACAUAAACACAACAAACUAUUGUAAACAAGUGUAAUUUAAAUAAUUAAACAUAGCUGUGGUCGCAAAUUCGUAUUUAGAAAGUAAAUAAAUAAGUAAAAUGAGUAAGAUCAAUAUUUUUGUUUAAUUUUGCACUGACUCAUUUGUAUCAAUUUAUUUUUCCAUUUUUGAUUAUUUUAACUGAAUGAUCAAUCUGAAUGUUUGCUGUUAUUUCUGUGUAAAUAAAUUAAGAAAUAUUAAACAGUGUCUGUCUGCAGGAAGUGAACAGACUGUAAAAAAUUUUAUUAGAUAAUGAGAUAGCUGUCUGUGGACUCUGUCUUCAGUAAUGUAUUUUUGUUUUCUUAUAACAAGAUAGUUAAAUAUGAUUCUGAGUAAACACAGUUUGACUUGUGAAGGUGAGGGGAGUGAAAUAAAAGUUUUCAUCCUUGUCUUCAUGCUGGGUUCAGCAGGAAGUUAGAAAUGGUUUGUUUA